ACGCUUCAUUUUGGAAUUUUCUUUUACACGCGGCAUACGAAAAAGAAGGUUAAGUCUGCUGCUGGCUGCGGAGAGUUUUUCCGAUUUUUAAAUAAAAAUUAAAACUAAAUGAGCACAGCGUGAUACAAUGUUUGUGCUCUACGAAACGCCGGCGGGCUACGCAAUCUUCAAGUUGCUGGACGAAAAGAAACUCGAACAGGUCGACAAUUUGUACUUGGAGUUCGAGACUCCCGAGAAGGCCAACAAAUUAUUGAAAUUAAAGCACUUUGAGAAAUUCAACGACACCACAGAGGCGCUGGCAGCCGCUACAGCGGCGGUGGAGGGUAAGGUAGCGAAGCCCCUGAAGAAAACUCUGAAAAAACUGCUGGUCGAUGAUGUGCAGUCGUCACUGUUGGUUGCGGAUGCUAAGCUGGGCACCGCCAUCAAGGAUAAGCUGUCUGUGCAAUGCGUCUACAACACGGGUGUCCAGGAGCUGAUGCGCUGCAUCCGCCAGCAGGCGGACAGUCUGCUAGGCGGCCUGCCCAAACGGGAGAUGACGGCCAUGGCCCUGGGUCUCGCCCACUCGCUGUCGCGCUACAAGCUGAAGUUCUCGCCGGACAAGAUCGACACCAUGAUCGUUCAGGCGCAGUGCCUGCUCGACGACCUGGACAAGGAGUUAAACAACUACAUGAUGAGGGCCCGCGAGUGGUACGGUUGGCAUUUUCCCGAGCUGGGCAAGAUCAUCACCGACAACAUUGCUUUUGUGAAGACUAUUAAGUUGGUGGGCACCAGAGACAACAUGUCAGCGGCUGAUCUGUCUGACAUUUUGCCUGAGGACGUGGAGGAGAAGGUCAAGGAGGCAGCCGAGAUCUCUAUGGGUACGGAAAUCUCUGAGGAGGAUGUGUUGAAUAUCCAGUGCCUGUGCGACGAGAUCAUCUCGAUAAACGAUUACCGCAUACACUUAUACGAUUACCUUAAGGCCAGGAUGAUGGCCAUGGCUCCCAAUUUGACAGUCCUCGUUGGAGACACCGUUGGCGCUAGGCUGAUUGCUCAUGCUGGCUCGCUGAUUAACCUGGCUAAGCAUCCCUCAUCCACGGUACAAAUCCUGGGUGCCGAGAAGGCCCUUUUCCGAGCCUUGAAGACAAAGAAGGAUACUCCCAAGUACGGCUUGAUCUAUCACGCGCAGUUGGUAGGUCAGGCGAGCCAGAAGAACAAGGGCAAGAUGUCGCGAUCGUUGGCCGCCAAGGCGUCGCUGGCCACACGAGUGGAUGCCUUCGGCGAGGAGGCCACUUUUGAGCUGGGAGCGGCGCACAAGGUGAAGCUGGAGUCGCGCCUUCGUCUGCUGGAGGAAGGAAAUCUGCGCAAACUCUCUGGUACUGGCAAGGCAAAGGCCAAGUUCGAGAAAUACCAAGCCAAGAGCGAGGUGUUCACCUACCAGCCCGAGGCUGACAAUACAGUGAACGUAAAGAAACGUAAGCAUUCGGAGGCGGAGCACCCCGUUAAGAAGGAAACUAAUGAAGAAGUUGAUGUUGCUGAGGAGGAGGCGGAAGUAAAGUCAGAGAAGAAAAAGAAGAAGAAGAAGAAGCAAAAGGACGAGGAGGCCGAGGAGGCGGCAGCACCAGAGCCUGUAGACGAGCCCACACCAGCCAAGAAAAAGAAAAAAUCCAAGCACCAGGAAUAGUUUCUUGGUCUCGAUUGGCUUUAGUUUUAGGACUUAAAUCGUAGCAUUUUAGGUUACCUUACUGUAAAGUAUAGGAUUUUAUUAUAAUGAGCCAGAGUAAAGUUUUUGUUGUACAUUAGAAAUAAAAUGUAA